GCUUGUCUUCCUGGCCGAGGUGGCAAUGGUGGCGGUUAAGAUGGCGAGAAAUUAUGGUUCCUGAGGACGUACCGGCCACAGAAGAUGAGAAUGCUCUUCUGAAAAAAGUUGUGUUGAAGUAUCGCUUUCGUCGGCACGACUUUCCGUAGGAGCGCUUACUUCCGGAAGUUGUAGAUGCGGAGUGCUGCACAACAUCACCAGAGCGCUUGAGCAGCAGUGAACAUGGAAGACCACCAGGAGCAACCACCUGCCAUGAAUUCCGAGGAAAAGCGGCGCUCUCUGCAACGCCGCAUCUCGGAGCGACUGCUUCAGGGCGCAGCAGCCUCGACUAGCACAACGCCCGGGAAGAUCAACAAAUCUUCCGCCCCCACCUCGACGACAGCUGGAUUGACAAAUCCGGACAAUGUCCUUCUCUUCGGCGGCACGCAGGCAGUGGCGCCUGGUGCUGGAGUGGCCGGGAGAAGUUCUGGUUCGUCGUCUUCAUCGUCGUCCUCCUUCGCGGCUCUCGGAACAACUGUGCAGCAGCACAAUAAAUCCGCGCUCGCCACCGCGGUGGAGUCUUUGGUCGCCGAAAGAUACAACAACAGCACUUCUUCACGCUGCCACAGCAACUCCAACUCCGUGAACCUGGAUUUCAGCCGAAUAAAUCGUGGAGAUGAAGAUGAUGCAGCACGACCGGGCAGUUGUAACCGCAGCUCGCGAAGCCAUUCGCUCUCGCGCAGUGUGGAGGUGGUCUCUGCCUCGGUCAGUCGGGAGCAGUCGGCGUCUAUUUCCGCGAGUGGUAACAAUUUCCUGAACAACAAUUCGCAUCGGGUCAGCGUUCCCAGUCCGAAGUUUCAGCAGGAGUUUCGCGGGAUGUUCUACGGCUUGGAUGGCGGAGACGAGAGCUCGCAUUCCGAGAAGGGUGGUGGUGCAACUAUUGGCGGGAAGACGACAGAGAACCUAAUAAAGCUACCUGGCGAGACAGUACAAGCAGGGUCGCUCGGACCCGGACGAAAAGAAAAUAAAGCUGUAAAUGGCAAUGACCCCCCAUCAACUACCACGGCUGCCGCGGGAGCGACUUCCAACUCCGCCGUGAUGAUCUCGCGAAGCUCUAAUUCUGUCGAACUGGAAGCGCCGCGCACGUAUCCGCCCGUAUCUACUACUGUAGAAGGCGUAGAAGUCCUCGAGCAACGACCGAUGCUAGACCUGCAAGUGGACGACGGCUCUGUGGCCUCGACGGAGGUGCAGCCACCGACAGGGGUGAAGAUCAACAGCAUCCCUUCGGCGGCGAACCAGUUCUACCACGAUCCAGAAUCGGGGACAGAACAACUCCAGGGCGGGAACAAUGAAAUAGAUCCGAACCGAAGAAACGAAAACGCGAAUAGCAAUAAUGGUGUUAAUAAAGUUGUCCCGUCUGGCUCGUCCUCGUCGUCGUCUUCGUUGCAUAAAGUUGUCGACACGACAUCAGCUUCAGCAUUGGCUUCUUCACAUCAAGUUCCGAGCUACCACGACGCGUCGGCGCACAGUAUGACCAGGGAAAUGGUGAAGAGGUUCGGCGCGAUCGAUAGUCUGCUGGAAGAAGCGGAAACGUCGAAAGCAGCUGCGGACGACCACGCGGAGGUGUUGCGGCGGCAGCGAGAUGUUGAACAGGGAACAGCUACAGCUGUUGAAGCGAGGACGACGAAAACAGACGCUAAGCAACAGUCAGCUUCGAAACUAUCGUCCUCUCCCUCCUCAAGCAAAAAAGUGGUUCUCCCCCCGGGAAGGAGCCAAGGCAGCUCCGAGGACGAAACGCCGCCACUAUCCGCGUCGGGAGAACAUCAACAGCAUGCAGUUCUUGACCGAGGCAAAGCAGAAGCCGUAGUGUCUUUACCCGGCCUUGGUGGUGCAGUAGCGACGACGACUUCUGCGAUAUCUUCAAAUCCGUCGAUCAAUUUGGUGGAUAUCGACGAGAGAACAGGGCAACUACAGCAAAUCCCAGCGAUCAACUACCAUGUGCCUACCGAUCCCAGGGUCUACAACAACGUUGACUUCCCACCAGACAACAGCCGGAAAACGAGGCAGCUUCCAUCUUCUGAAGGUGCUGGUGGUACAACGGCAGCUGCUUCAUCUGCAACGAAUCCUAGUAGUACAACACCCGGCGCGCUCCGCGGCUCCAAGCUUCGAACGCCGUCUGUCUCUCCGCAGCGACAGCGGGCAACGCAAAACGCAAAUGGUGCAGCGUCUAGACUACAUCAAACGCCGCCACCAGCGAACUCUCUUUCCGCCGGAAGCCGCUCUAGUUCCCGCAUUCAUGAUCGCGACAGCACGGUCUAUGAGUUAGCUGAAGGGCCACCCAGUCAUGGUACUAAAACGAAUACCACGUCUGCAGCGACCAAUCCGCACUCGAACCCGGUGCUGCAGCAGUAUCUGCAGUCUCUGGAGUCAGGGCACCAGGAUCUGAAGAAGCAGUUGAGCGAGGAGAAGGAGAAAGUGCAAAAGUCCGAGGAGUCGCACCGACGAACGAUGCACAAGCUGAAGAUCGUCGAGCAGAAAAGGAUCAGCGUGGAAAACAAUCACAAGGACAUCGAAAGGGAAAAAAAGCAGCUGGAAGAGGAGAUCGAGCGCCAGCGGGAGCUGCUGCUCCAGGAGCGGAAGAAAAACCGGCUCAGUGUCAACAAAAUGACGAAACAGCAUCAGGUACUAUUGGCAAUCGAUUUUUUACUUCGCGUGGAAGAUGAAGAAAAAUUUUUUGCAUGCAUUUGUUCUUUCUUUUUCCGAUCAUGACCCGGCAGGAUUGCCACUGUCGUCAUCCUGCGCGUCCACCUCAAGAAAUGAAAACAGGAAGAGCGCGACAACCUGAUGCAGCAGGUAAAGGACGCCGCGAGCAAGUACGCGAGCGAAAGCAAAUCCGAGAACAAGGUCGAUUUGAUGACGAAGUUGACGGACAUCCGACUGCAGAAGCAGCGGCUGGAGGCCCGGGUGCGGCAGUUGGAGCAGAAGCUGAUAUGCAUUGCAAAUAUGUGUGGGUCUGGAAGAAUACAAACUUGUGAUGCGCAUUUCAGAACACAGAAAAAUCUCUCGUGCAUAGGUAGCAAAAGCUGCCCACUUUCUGUCACCAAAGUGGGGGAUUUGUCAUGCGGAUUCGGCAUUGCGGAAGCUUCUCGAAGCCUGUGAUGCUGGAGCUUCCAUGCCAGACCUUCUGUGUCAUGCAUAAACAGCAUGACUCUUCACUUCAAGACCCAGACAUUUUUGCAUUUGAUAGCUGAAGGACAAAGAUCACGAUUAUUUCACGCUACAGGAGGACAUGGAGCGGGAAAAAAGAGAAAGGCUGGUGAUCGAGCAAAAAUACCAAAAGCAAAUGGACGAUGUGGUGGAAUAUCAAAUGCAAAAAUGUCUGGGUCUGGAUGAGUACAAGGUUUGUCAUGCAUAUUUUCCAUGAGGCAUGAUGUCUGUGAUGCAUGCCUAGCAUCACAGAUUCUGCGAGAGCUUUCUGAUGCUCCUACCGCAUGAGAAAUCCCUUCUUUGCGUAGCAACAACUGGACCUCUUUUCCUGUUCAUGCAAUACAGGUUUUUUUAGCACCCAAAUGCAGCAUCACAAGUUGCACCCUUCCAGACAUCCAGGGAUUUUUACAUUCCAUAUGGAACUACAGUCAACCAUUGAGUCCAUGCACGACCAGUUGAAGCAUUUACAGGACGAGCAUGUGUAUCAAAAGUAAAAAUCCCUGGAUGUCUGGAAACUUGUGAUGCUGGGUGGCGUCUCAUGAUGAGGCCACAAGUGCUGGCUCAGCAUGACAAGUUUCUGAGCGUCUAGGUGUUGCUUAUUCUGCAUUACAGCCUGCGUUUCUGCAUGACAGAAAACUGGCGCUAUUCGGUAACGUGCAUGACAGAUUUAAGAGUCAUGCCAGACAAGCACGACAAACAUGCAUUCUUCCACACCCAGACAUUUUUGCAUUUGAUAAUGUGGCGCUGUCCACCAGUCCCAGAAGUCUCCUAAGUGGUGCGGUAGAGCGGGGAGAAAUUAUGCAACUGACCGGUACAGGAGGUGGAACAAGAACUGCAUCCAAGGCCCGGAAGUCAAAGCUUUUUUUCAACGAAGAUGACGACAAGGAGCAGGCAAUUCUCCGUAUUGACGCGGAAAAAAGGCUCCGGGAAGCGAAUCUGGAGAUCGCGAGACUGGAAGCGUUGAACAAAGAGAUCUACGACGAGAAGCAGAGUAAACUGCUCGAGGUGGAAUCCAAUGCGGAAAGGCAGAUCGCGAAAAUGCGGCAGCAGUAUGAAAUGGAGAAAGCGGACCUGGUAGAAAAAGCGGAGAAAAACCUGAACGUGACGGUGAAAGAGCUGGAAAAAAGGCAAUUGGACGAACAUUCGGUGGAGAAGAAAGUCAUGGUGAACAGACGGCACGCGUUCAACCAGAAGGUGCGGAAGUUUCUGGACCACCUGCACAGCGAAUGCAGCACCAAGGGAUUGAUGGAGGACGACAGCGCGAAAUUGCUGUACUCUAAUCCUGAUUUUCAUUUCAUGUGACAAAGAUUCCUGUGCGUGUUCAUUGCAAAGUUAAUCUUAAUACUGUGACUCGCGCUCCGGUGGGUCACGACUCCACUUAGUAUGUUCGUGUUGUUCUUGACAGAUAAACAUGAGAUUUUGUGAGUUUCCUCCAGAACAAUCUUCUACUUAUCCAGGCACAUGAAGAAAGCUCACCGUGACGUGGACUUCGGCACGGGGCUCUCCGACAUCAAGGAACAGCUGAAAGAGACGAAGGCGCUGCUGGACCAGGACUUCGAGAAAUCGCUGGAAGAGGAAAAAUCCCUGAACGAGCAGUCCACAAAUGUAAAGAUCGAUUUUCUCACCCAAUAUGAAGAGAAGGAGAAUAUGAAAUGCAAAAGCAUCGUACUAGUAUAAAUCGCAUGACAAAUUUCCUCUGCGCGAGAAAUGAAAUUUGUAAUGCAGAUUUGCCUUGGGAACAAGAUUUGUAAUGCAAGAUUUGCAUUUAUACGAGUACGAUACUUUUGCACAGGAUAGAGAAGCAGACCGAGCAACUGCUUUCCGACUUGCUGGAGUAUUUUCUCUAUCAAAUGCAAAAAUGUCUGGAUCUGGAAGGAUGCAAGGUUUGUCAUGCACACUUUGCAUGACUCCUGAAGUCUGUGACGCAUGCUCUAGUGCCUAAACCCUAAACCCUUGUGAGGGCUCUCUGAUGCCUUUACCGCAUGAGAAACGCCCUCUCGCCGUGGCAAAAACUGGACCUCUUUUGCUGUUCAUGCAAUACAGAUUUUUGUAGAAUCCAAACUCAGCAUCACAAGUUGCAUCCUUCCAGACCCAGACACUUUUGCAUUUGAUACUCUCUUACUCCUCCGGGUCCACACCACGAAGGAGGAGCAACUGACGAAAAUGCUAUCAAUUGUAAAAAUGUCUGGGUCUGGAAGAUUCUGAGAUUUGUCAUGCAUGUUUUGCAUGACCCAGGAUGUCUGUAAUGCACGAUCGCGCAUCACAGAUUUUGAGAUGGCUUCCUGAUGCCUACUCCGCAUGACAAACGCCCUCCCCGCGUAGCACAAACUAGACUCCUCUUGCUGGUCAUGCAUUACAGAUUUUUCUAGACUCCAAAGUUAGCAUCACAAGUUCCAAUCUUCCAGACCCAGACAUUUUUGCAUUUGAUAAAUGCUCACGAACUACGAAACCCUGGAGAAGCAAAAGGCGAAUUUGGACGAAAAGUGCGUCACCCUGCAGUCGGAUCUGCACGCGAAGAAGGAAGAGGAGAAAGCCUUGCUACUGAAAGAAACGCAAUUGGUGCAACUGGAGAAGCAGGCGGAAACCCAGGUGGAGAAAAUCCAGAAGGAGGAGAAAAAAAUAUUUGAGGAGCUGCAGUUGUGGAAGCAGAAGAACACGGAUUUGUCCAAUGAGAUGUACAAGGUGAAGCAGGACGGCAAUACCGCGCUGAACGAAUUGAAGUCGCGACACCUGAACGAGAAGCACCUACUGGAGGAGAAUUACCUGCAGGAACUCGCCGCGGUGAAAAAGGACAAACUGGACGUGGUCCACGAGAAGGAAGAGAAGAUCAAAGAGCUUGCCCAUAUGCAUUGCAAAAGCAUCGUACUAGUAUAAAUUGCACGACAAAUCGACUUAGCAAUACAAAUAAAAUUUGUAAUGCGGAUUUGCCUUGAGAAAAAAAUUGUAAUGCAUAAACGUAAUUAAUAGUAUGAUUACGAUACUUUUGCACUGCAUAGACCAGUUGAAGAAGCAACUCGCCCACCGGGAGGAAACGAUUGAGGCGAAAGUGAGCGAGAUCGGAAAACUCCGGGACGACAUCGAGGCGCAGCUUUUGCGGGAGCAAGAAUUGUCGAAAAAGAUCGACGAGAAGGAGGAGGAGAAACUCCAGAUGGAGCUGGAGUUCGAGAAAGAAAAGGAAAGAUAUGCACCGCAAAAGCAUCAAUUAAUGCUCGUACUCAUUGGAAAAAUUCUGCUGCGCGAGAACAAGUGUGCGCUCUUUCAUCUCUUUCUUACCUUUAUCUGCAUGACAAAUUUCAUAUUUCUUUCAGAAAAAACCUGCGAUGCAGUUUAUUACCAAUGCGACGAUCACGACAGCGAUACUUUUGCACUGUCGAUAAGCGAAUCCACAAGUCGAUUGGAAUCGCGAAGUACAAGCAGAAAGUGGAGCAGUUGUCGAAGUUGUUAGACGAAAAACAGGAAACAAUGGAGGAAUUUGAGACGAACAUGAGAAAGCAAAACGCGCAGCUGAAGCAGGACAUGCAGAAGCAAUUGUCAGAAAAGAAUCGGGAGCUUGCGAAGAUGCAGCAGACGAUCAGUAAGUGGCAGGCAAAGCUGAAACAGAGCCGCUGGAACUACACGGAGCUGCAGAAAGUCUGCAGUUUGGACUUGUCCGAGUUCAACACAACAGGGAAUUUUGCCAGCAGCACUUCGUUUCGUGACGGUGGUGCUGGUAAUACAGCGGGAGCCAGACAAAGUCAAAGUCGGGGUCCAUCUUCACGGUUGACGUCGUCCGCAUCGAAUUCGCCGAGCAAGAACACAACCCGGCCAUCGAACAGACUGGACUCCCAGGUUGCGCUGUUGCAGACGGCACAGGCUGGUGGAAACAAUGCAAUGAACAAUGCUGGUGAAGCACUACUCGACGCCUCCAUCACCUCGGACGUAGGAGUUCUUCUUGCUGCAAACAACAACAGCCAAAAUUUCGCCAACACAAAAACGCUCCUCACCAUUAAGGCCCGUUUGGCGGACACGCUACAGGAAUCGGAGAAGAGGAUUGACGUUUUGCUGAACGAGCACGAGGAGAAGGUUUUGUUUUUGGAGGAACAAUUAAUGGAAAAGCAGCAGCUCAUGGAAGAGUUUGUCGACCAGGUGACGCUAGUGGAAGAGCGAAUCGCGAAGAUGACGGGAGAGAUAGAAAAGAAAGACCAGGAAAACGAAAUUCUGAGGAAAAGACUCAUGUCCGUGUCGUCUGUGAUUGCAACGGCGUCGAUAGGUGGGAUGAACAACAAGGUAAACAAUAGAGAUGGAAGCGGUGAGGCACAACAUAGUAACGAAGCAGGAGGACAUCGGUUGACCAAAGAAGACGUGGAGAUUUUGACCGAGGCGGUUUCCAGCUCGAUCCUCACCGGGAGGAAAGACAGCAGUUUCCUUUCCCCCACCGCCUUCGCCAGCAGCGUCACCAGUCCGGAACAGCGACAGCGAGAAAACUCGGCACUGUCUAGCUCGAUGCGCAAGGCGUUGGCGAAGAAGCCGGAGGAGAUCAAAUUCGGUAUUUCCGCGCCGAAAGAAGCACAGUACCUGUGGGAGCGACGGAACGCCGUGGCGCGGGAAUUGUACGAAUCGUAUACGCCCAUGUUGGUGGAAUUGAAGCGACAGAUGGUCGACGUGAACCAAACGUAUAGUGCGAACAGCACAGCGGGAAGCAAUGGUCUCAAUGCGAGUACUGAACAGCAAGAGCGGAAAACGAUAAGCGGCGGUCUGGCCAGCGAGCAGCAGCUCCUGGAUUUCUCCAGAACAUCCUCGCCGACAACCAACCUCGGUCGGUUGACAACCUUGCUAGCGAAACCGAGACCAACAGGUGGACAUCAACUACUUCUGCAGGGAGACAUCAAAUCUUCACAGCUGAACGGCGCAAACAAUAGUACAACAAAGCUGACCACUUACUCGGAGGAGGAGGAGCUGGGGUUCAAGGUGUCUGCAGUUGAGAAGAAAGCGGAGUUUGAGUACACGAUGCGGCUGAUCGAGAAGGAGAUUUUGAAUUUGUCAGAAAGACUUCUCGAAUGGAAAACGAAGUAUGAAAAGGAGGAAAAACUGAAACUCGACGGUGAGGCGAGAGAGCAAGCGAUCCUAGACCGGCUAAAGAACUACAUCGAAGUGCAACAAGGAAAAGGUAUUUUUUGGCAUGGUACAACUUGAGUUUCAUGUUUUCAACAAAUCCAAAGUUUGCUAUUGCUGCCAUUAGAUUUUGGUGAUACUACAGGAACUACUUCAAUUAAUGUUCUCGUGUAGUUUUCAAUACAUUUCUCAUGUCGCAUGACGAGCAGAAAUCUUCGAUAAAUGAAAAAAUAACACCACAGACGCCGAGCUUUCGCAGCUGGAUUCCGAGUCGUUGCAGCUCCAGCAAGCGGUGUAUACCUACGAGUCGCAAGUCCAGCAGUACCAAAAACAGCUGGAAGAGUCCGACCGCGCACUCCAGGAAUUGGUGCAGCUUCAUGCGGAAUUCGAGGAAGCGAAGCAGAAAGAGGUGGAGAAACUGCAGUUACUAGUGGAGGAACUGAAGAAAGAAAAAGCUAAUUCUGUAGAUAAACUGACAGCGGAAAACAGUUCCAAACUCCAAACCGCAUACAACGAAUUCGAGGAGCAGAACAUCAAACUGAGAAAAAAGCACCAGACCGAAGUCAACGGGCUGAAAUCCGAGGUGGAGGACGUCCAGCAGUUACUGCAGCAAGUGAAGAAGGAAAAAUCGAUUUUGUUCGAGGAAAAACUGGAAAUCGAGAAGCAAGUCCGGCAGUUAGAGUCGAUUAUGGAGCAGAAUUUCGAGAAAAUCCGGAUGUUGGAGCAAAACUCCAAGCAGCUCCAGUCCGGGGCGGAGACGUUGAAAACGGAGUCGAACUUGAAUCAGGAGCUAUCAAAUGCAAAGAUAAUGUCUGGGUCUGGAAACUUCUAAUGCUGGAUUGUGAACAGUGAAUGCUCUGUAAUGCACAGCCAAGCAUGAGAAAUAUUUGCGCGGCUUAGUGUUGCGCUUUUCGCAUGACAAGCUGCGUUUUUGCAUGACAAGCAAUGGGAUCUCUCUCCCUGCACAACGCCAGAACACAGACGAGAAAGACGAGGACAAGCACAACGAGCAGAAGCACAGACGAGCGGACGAACUUCGAGGCAGACGAAAAAGAAGACUUUGCGGGACAGAAGAACAGGUUAUGGAAGCCGGCGCCGAGAAAGAAGCCGCAGUGGCGGCAGCAGUAGUAGUAGUAGUCCGGGUGGUGCUGGGCGCCAACUCCGCACAGCAGCAGCGUGGGACGGGCACAACGGCGCGAAUCUCGGGUAUGUAGUAGUAGCAGGAAUAAUCCCGGCGGUAGUAGUAUCAGCCCAAGCGCAGUAGCAGUGGCGGGUGCCACGCAGAAAAAGCCGGAGGCGGCAACAGUAGCAAUCUGAGCGGCAGAAGCAGCAGCCCCAUACCCCGUUCGUAGCAGCAGAAAGCCCCCCCGUUCGUAGUAGUAGCAAAACCCCCACAAAGAAUCAAAGCACAUGGCUCCAAUGACUGGUCGUCUUUUCAUUUUUUCUGCUUGCUGCACCCUCUUCGUCCGGGUGCAAAAACCCUGAAUCACGAGGAGAAGGACAAGAACCCCAGGGAGCUGAGGGUCGUGGCGGAAAGAAGGCCAACCAAAAAACUCCUUACAAAUUGAAGCUCAUGGGAGCUCACCUGUCGGAUUGCUGAAAGCAGCAUGAGGCUCAUUUGCCGGGAUCAUGAGUGCACGACAGAGAAAGCAGGGCGCUGACUCGACCCCCUCGCAAAAGAGAUUACGACCCUCGGCCCCGACCCCAGGUUUUUCCUUUUUUCCUCCCCCCCACUACAAAAAGAACUGCUAAGCCGACAAGCUUCACCUUCGGCAACAACCCCGACAACUUAGCUUGGCUAGCAGUAGGCACUAGUGGUGUUUGUUGAUCACGCGUACCGGCUCGGGGAGAGUCGGUAGGUGCCGUGGGGGUGGCUCAACGGCCAAUCGGGGUUUCGUCCAUGUACGCAUGGCGUACCGGUUCACCCACAGGCGACACAGCGUGUGUCGUCGAAAACCGGAGUAAGAGGGGCCGUCGGACCGGGAAAUCGCUUGCUGGUUAAUAUGUAUGCGUGACAAGCUGGCUGCGUUUUGCAUUCGUGGCAGUCCAGGAAAGAAGAACUGGUGAAGCGAUCGGAUCGACGAGGUGCGUCAGGGGGCGUCACUCAUUCAUUCAUUCAUUCUUGGACACGCAUCACAAACUCUUCAGUCAUUCCAGACAAGCAUGACAGACCUUGCAUCUUCCUCCCAGAUCCAGACAUAUUUGCAAUGCAUAACAGCAGAUGUCGGCGGAAAAUUGGGAGCUGCAAAAACAAGUACGGAAAUUGGAGCAGGUCUUGGAAAAAACGAAACUCGAACUCGAGGAAACGCAAAACUUGAAACUAGAGGAGAGCAACCGGCACGAACUGUUGAAGGGGCAGUUUUUAGACGAGGAGAAUGCGAAACGGGAAAAGAUUGUCGCAAGUCUGUCGAAAGAAAAGCAAGACAUCCUCGCGAAAAAGGAUCAAAUGGAGGAAAGGUUGAGGACUGAAAUCGAAAGUUUGCGGGAAAAAGAAAAAGCAACGGUCCUGCAGAUGCAAAAAUCGUUUGAAGCGAAGGACUGGGAUUUGCAGAACUUGGAAAAAAACAACCGGGAAAUGGGGAUAGAGAAGGAAGAGCUGCAGCACGAGUAUGACAAGUUGGAGGCAUUGUUAAAAGAGGUGAAGUGUGAGAAGCAGGGAUUGGAGGAGGCAGUGAGAAAUUUGAAAUUCGAUUUAGAAGCGGAAGUGCGGAAAAAUGAAGAAUUGACCCGAAUGCGGGAGCAAGUGGAGAUUUCCGGGGAGAGGAAAAGGGAGGAAAUCAUGGGGGAGGCGAAGGUAAGCUUUUGUUUUUGAACAUUACAGCAAGCGGAUUUGUUUCCUGCUUGUUCCCCUCGGCUUUGUGGUCUUCUAGAGAGAAUGGUCUAGCAACACACGUCACAUGACGACAUCAAUUAUGCAUCUGAAUCUUUUUUCCAACACCCCCAAUAAAACAGGAGGACUCCGAGCGUCUGAAGCGGCAACUGCUGCGCACGCAGGACGAAUUGCUGGAAAAGGAAACUUUUCUUUCCAAGCUUUCCAUAGAGAAAGACACUUUGGCCGAGAAAUUGAAGGAUUUGCAAUCGGAAAACCAACUGCAGAAGCAAAACAAAGAAAAGACGGUCCAGCUGUUGGAGGAAGAAAAACGCCGCAUGCAGAUCCAGUUCGACGACGAGCGGCACCGACUGCAGAGACUCUGCGAAGACGAAAGACGACGGGCGAUGAACAACAACGCCGGCUUCUUGUCCGUUUCCGAUGGGGGGAGUCCGAUGCAUAGUCACUUAUUGAAAACGCCGAACACUUUGUCCGCCGGGAGCGAUUUUCUGGAGAAAAUGAACAGCAAGUCCCCGGCGAUGAUGUUCUACACGCCCGGGAGUCGGGUGAAUGGCAAUUCUUUGACCUCACCAGGUGGGCAGUCUUCCUCCAACCCAGGCACUGCGUCGAAAUUGCGAGCCACUUCUUCCCUUCUCCCCAGCGGCGCGCCGACGCUCAACAUUCCUUCUCAGAAUCAGUUGUUGCAUGCGGCUUACGAGCACGAGAAAAUGCAGUUGGACAAUUUGAACACAGACUUAAAACUGAAAAACGAGAAAUUCGAGGAGAAAAUUGUUUCCCAGUUGGAAAAGAUCAAACAAGGCGAGAUACUGCAGAACCAUUUGGAGAAGAAAGCAGUGGAGUACUCCGAGUUGAACUUUGUCUUGCAGAACAAGCUGGAGCAGGCGAGAACGAGGAUACUAGUUUUGGAAAGAGAGGUAAUCCGAUUGACGGAUGAAAGGAUCAGAACAAGUCGUCCGGGGUCUCCUGCUGUUCACGGGUCCUCGUCGCCGACAGUUGUGGGAGAACAAGAACCUGGUCCUCGUGGAACAACUACGGUCGUUGAAAAUGUUGUGUACAACGCCGGUGGAAGUGCAACAGUGACAGAAGGACUAACACGACAAGCCUCGUCGACGUCUCCCCCUAGAGCCUCCUCCGGAUCACCGAGAACUAGACUCUCCAGCUCCCGCUCGCCAAAGCAACAAACCUCUCCCAGGCGGGCCACGACGAUCGGGAAUCAGAACGAAGUUUCAAUUUCCAACGGCGACGUGGUAUUUCCACCGAACUCGAACUCGAACAGUAGUAACACGAACACAAUGAGACAGUCGUCAGCCAGAAACCUACCCGAGCAGCAGUUUCUCGCGAACGAACAGUUGAGAACCGAGCUCCCACAAUUCUCGGAUCACACCAUCGACCUUUCGGCCAACGCCGCCAUUCUCGCGAACCAACCCGCCGUGUGGCCGAUGACCGUGACCACCGCACCCCUCUCCCCGCUCAUGGAGGUCAGUGAAGCCAGUAGCUCUGCCAGUCCGCCGAGCACCCGGGUGGUGAUCAAAAGCACCGUGGACAAGAAAUUUAUGAACGUGGCGUCUGGUCGCGCAGCGGCUUCUACUUCCAGUUCUUCGUCCUACAUUGGUGGAGCUGCUGGUACAGCGCCAGAGCUAAUGAAGAACGAUGCUGGUGCCAGUUCUUCCAGUAGUGCAACUAGUCCGAAGUCAAUUUUAAAGCGCGAGCCCUCCCCCAACGGGACGACAGCGACGGCGAAAAUCCGUACCUCGACGGAGGAAUUGCAGGAGAUCUUGGAUCGGUCGAGAGCACUGGUUGAACGAUCAAAAUCUCCACCCGCGGGGACAAACAAGACACAGUCACCGGGGUCACCGAAUUCGGUUAAGAUCACGAUACUAUCACCGAGAAGUGGAAAUGCUGGUGUCGCAGGCCAGGAUAAGAACAUGGUCAACAUGAACGAUUACAGUUCUUCAACUGGUAAUAUCAAGCAGUGGCUGAACAAUGGAAUUCACUACCAGGGACCGUAUGCCGAUGAAAUAGUAGCAGAACUGGAAAAGUUGAGGCGGGAGAAAGCGGCGUUACUUGGCCCCGCGGCGGAAACUUCUUCUUCUGCCCCGAAAACUAUCGUCAGGACCAUCGUUGACGGGAGUCAAGACGAGCAAACCGACGUGGUGAAAACGAGCCCGACGGAGGGCGGGGUGCGAAUCCGGAUCCGAACGCCAGAUCGAGUAGUGCAGGUGGAUGUGGCAGGAGACCACCAUGGAAACAAAUUUUCCCCGAAAGAGGACGCAAACAACAAUUUAGCCGCAGCGGAACAAUCAGCUGAGAGUGCUGCCAGAAGCACAGUUCGAAGCAGCGGCGCACCAAACACGACCGGCAUGAUUCCUUUCACCGACGAGCGUCUGUCCGCGGCCAUGCAGCAGAACCGGGAAAGCGAAGAUCUCCGCAUGUCCUACUCCAAUCGGGAAACCUACGAGUCCGCAGCUUCGCAAGACAAAUUAUCCUUCGAAGACAUCCGGGAUUCGGCAGCAGAGGAUUUGGAUUUACAGCCGAAUUUCCUCCUCGGCGACCGACACAGCGAGACGGCGCACCGGGCGAAACUGCGGCAGAAAUCUCGGUCACCGAGCCCGACGAGCCGGAUUGUGGACAACAAGGGCGGGCAGAGCGAGUGGCUGAACCGUACGAGCACUUUGGCGAAAUCGCCGGAGAGAGUAGACGGGGAUGGUGAACAACAAGACGAGGAGCAAAACUUGAACGCAUCCAGUUACAUCCGGGAAAACCGGUCCGCCGGGACGAAAGACCCGACGUGGCAGGUCGUGGCCGCGCAAAACGUUUCGGGCGGCUACUUCGACGCCCAGUUGGUGAACGUGUUUCCGGAGCAGGCCGAUAAGUUUCUCGCCGGGGCGAAAAAGGCGAAGGUGAAACAGAAGGAAAAAGAAUUGAAGCUGGCACAAAUGGAAGCGCAACGUGCGAUGGAGCUCCAGGCCGAAAAUGCGCGGCGGAAAUCUUCGACUAGUCCGAAACAGAAACCUCCGUGGAACCACAGCAAGUCAGCUUCGGUGUCGUUCGAAGAGAAAGAUAUGGUCGUCGGUGGUCCAAGAACCUCUGCGGCGAGUCGGAGUGCUGUCGUAAAGGAUAUUAGUACAAGUAGCCGCGCAUUUAUUUCGCGAGGUAGUUCAGGAGGAGCUGGACCUGGAGCUGGCAUUUCUUCUACAUCAGGCCCAGGUGCUUCUGGUACUACUCAUUUCAAAAAUGCGACGACGAAGACGAAAACUGCAAAAUCCCUCCCGUCCUCCCCCUCUCGCGAACUGCGCUCCACCUCAGGAAGUUUGUCCACGAGCUCUUUACAUCGCGAACAGCAACGUGGUCGUAGUGGCUCCUCGUCCGGUGGGCACGGCGGGAGUUUGUCGAGCAGAUCGGCGAAGGGUGGAGGAACAACUUCAAGUAGUAGCAAUAAAGCGAGUCCAAAAUUAGCAAUAGAGAAGAAAUCCGUCUCCCACUCAUCCACGUUCCAACCGACGAAUAGCGCCUCUUCAAAACCGAAAAGCGACGCCAGCAGGUUGGAAGCGUUGGCAGCGCCUAGGGGCGGGGUCAAGUCGCCGAAACACACGGUCUCAUCGAGUAGUUCGGCGCGCGGAGCAGGAGCAGGAGCUGCGCCAGCGGCCUCUACUACUUCUGCCCCCACCGGGCCCGGCGCCGUAUCAUCAAGCAGUACAGCGAAUUCAAGCAUGACGAGGAAAAUCGUGACCACAAAACAACAACAAGACAAGAAAAGUGCAAAAUUAUCCAGCUCGACGCCUAACUUCGUUCCGCAGCAGGUCGCAUUUUACGCGGAGCCGCCAGAGGAACAACCUGGCGCAGCGGCUGCACUUCUAGUAGGUUCUACUCUCGCGACCGAAACCUCCGCACAGGAGGUAAUACUCGACUCUGUGAAAGAGGAAAGCACAGUCGACGUGUAUUCGCCAUUACCGCCUUCGGUGUCGAUCGAGGGCAGCCAGAAUUUUCAAGCGACUGGGCUGCACCAGCAGGUGAAGGACGUAGCUUCGCGUGCCCCCGCGGAUCUUGAAGAAACAGCUCCUGUGGAUUCUACAGUUGAAGAGCCGAUGAACUUAACUUCCGCAACGACUCCGGCAAACAAAACUACAUCCGCGAGGAAGGCGCAACAGGAACGAGCGCGAGCGGCAGAUCAUGAACAACAAAUAGCAGAAGAAAUGUUGUACCAGACGCCAAAGGUAGAAGAAACCACAUUAGAGGAAAUUCCUCAACAAGGAUUACCACCAGAAGCUUUUGAAACGCCGGCAGGAGCAGUGGACGACCAAACUACACCAGUAAUAUCCACCGCACCUCCUAUUUCAGACACCCAAGCGUACAAGGGUCACGAUCCGUCCAAUCUCUUCCACCUGGCCGAGCAACUAUGCGAGGAAAUGCGCUGGAAAGAGGCGGAAACCAUGUUCAAGAAAGUGAAAAAGAUUUUGGAAACGCAUGGGCAGGAAGUUGUACUAGUUGCCAACAACAGCAAUCCACCAGCGGUGGCCGCGGGCGAUGCAAAUGCAAAUCCGAAUGAGCAGAAGUUGGCAAUAAAGUCUUCUGGUUCAUCUGCUGAAAAAACCUACAACGACAUCUCUCUGUCCGAAACGCUCGCACACCUCGGGGUCGUGAUGCAAUCGUUGGAUAAGGUGGAGGAGGCGAUUGAUUACUACACGCAAGCAACGGAUUUGGAUCCGAACUUGCACGUGUGCUACGCAAAUCUGGCGAGUUUGCAUGUGUACCUGGGGGAGAAAAAAAUGGCGAUGGACUGUAUCCAAAAAGCGGUGGGGAUUGAGCCGGAGAACGAAACCUAUCUGCAGAUUUUGCAGAGUUUGGGGUGAAGAUGAAGUAGGAACGGCACAAAGGUUGAGUGCUAGCGGUGGUUGCGGCAGGAAUUUGCUGUGCGAUACUAGAAAAAGCAGCAUUCAAAUCCGAUUAUAGUCCGAAUAGUAGAAGUUCUUUUUAUGUUGUAAGAUUUGUACGUGUACCAAUGACAGUACUUUUUAACCUUUAUUCGACAGAGCUUUACUGCCGAGAACUUUUUCCUCUAUUUUUUCUCACGCCAGAAGUAGAUCUGUUGCUGGCGCAGCUGAAAUAUAUUUGAUAGAUGUGUAAAGGAUUCCAUCAAGGACCUUUUGCGUAGAGCUUGCUUUGUUUCUUCUUUUGUUUACCAUCGAAAUACUUUCUUUUUUACCACUAUCAGUACGUGGAGAAGGCGCUAAUUAUUUCAACCACUGAAAAAA